AUGACGAGGCUGAACAAGAACCUCCCUCAUGAGAUAGUCCUCGAAAUUCUCAAGAGAUUGCCAGUGAAGCCUCUCAUGAGAUUCAAAUGCGUCUCCAAAUCGUGGCAGUGCAUGAUUGAUGAUCCUGACUUUGUGGCCGUGCACUUGAAGCACUCCGCUCUCAGUGGCACCAAUUGGAAGUACAAGGAGGUUAAGAGUUCCCCUCCAGAUUUUGUUGACACUCGUAUGGUUCUAGGAUUUGGAUACAGCGACAUAAUUAAUGACUAUAGGAUUGUUAGGAUUACUUAUUUUCAUGAUAAUAAUGAGGGAUACAUGGGCAGGUUAGAAUAUGAAGUUCAAGUUUAUAGGCUUAGUACAGAUAUGUGGCGAACGGUCGAAUUCAACAACGGGUGUGAAUUGAGUGACCUCUCGACAGUCUCUUUCAAUGGAAAUUUGCAUUGGAUCUCGAUUGUUGCUGAUGGAGACCGUUGUUGGUGUUAUGGAUCGAUAAUCACAUUUGGGGUAGCAGCUGAGGUCUUCAACCAGAUAGCACUGCCGAAGAGCUGUCUCGUUGGAGUCACGUAUGACUAUGUUUAUCUAUCAGUUUUGAAUAACUCGUUGGUGCUACUUAUUAAUCAUGUGGACCCAAGAAAUCAAUUGAAUGAUACAUGUUACGUUUGGGUUAUGACGGAAUAUGGUGUGGCCGAGUCCUGGACUAAGCUGCACACCUUAGAUCUCAAUGAGGGAGUGUCGAGAUUUCACGGCUUCACGUGGAGUGGCGAGCUUCUUAUGGAUACCUACCAAUGUGAGUUGAUUUCGUGGAAUCCAAGCAUGGGACUGACACGACUCCUUUCGACAUUGGGGCCACUUGAUUUAGUGACUGUGGUAGAGAGUUUGGUUUCACCAUUGGGACAAAAUUAG